AUGCGUGUUCUUUUCCUCGUUGCUCUUAUCGCCGUGGUGGCCGUGGCUGCUGCCCAGAGAGGUUCCGGCGGACAAGGCGGACAGGGUGGACAAGGAGGAUCUGGAGGACAGCAGGGUGGCCAGCAAGGAGGACCACAGGGAGGACAGCAGGGAGGCCAGCAAGGAGGCCAGCAGGGAGGCCAGCAAGGAGGCCAGCAGGGAGGACAGCAGGGCGGCCACGGAGGACCUCAGGGUGGACCACCACAGGGCGGCAACAGCUCCGACUCUAGCUCCAGCUCCGAGGAGGACUCCAGCGAGGCCUCUGCCUAA